UGUAUCGACAGAACAUCGAUAUUAUCGAUAUCGCUAACUAAGAGGGGCAAAGAAGAACAACAAACGGAACAAAAAAUACAAAGCGCAGCUCAACAACAACAAAAAAUGCUCACAUAAUUCGAGCAAUUCGGUCCAGCGACAGAUUGCUGUAGUAUUAAAGGACAUAGCGAGAAAAAAGCAAAGACUCUGACCAACGCUGGUCCUGUUGCUAAUAAAUACGACUCCAGUGCUAGAAUAAAAUCAAUACAGGGCCAGCUCAAUGGGUGCCGAGCAAUCGCAGCCACGCAUCGAGGCUGAUGGCCAUGAGAUUUUUGAGAGGCGCGACCCGGCGCCUCUCGACUCCCACUCGAUGAACGAUGGCAGCACCUUGGCACUGGCAGCGGCUGCUGCGGCAGCGACCAACAAGCGUCGUGGCGGCACCCUCCAGCAGCGACAGCAACAACAACAUCAACUGCAGCACCAGCAGCAGCAAGCGUUGCCGCAUGGACCGGCAAGCAUUGUGAUUGCCAGUAAGCAAAUCAUUUCAGAUACAGCGUCGCCGACCAGCUCUGAGCUGAGCCGGCCGCCAUCGCCGCCACUGAGCGUGUGCUCGGAUCUACCGUAUGUGUCGUAUACGGAUCGACCUAUCGGCGAUUCGCCAAAGAUACGUAAUCGGCCCGCCCAUAUGCUGCAACAGAGCAGCGCAAGCCGUGCGGCAGCACGCAAAUCGCAUCCGGGCGGCAUCACAACAACCAUCAAGCCGAAGCGUCCACAAUCGACGGCAUCCAGUCACAAUAUUGUUAUUGUCAAGCCGGGUGCACGUGAUACCCAUGACGAUAUCGAUCCAGAUUUGACACGUCUGCGCAACAUACCACAAUUUUUACCGGUGCUGCGUGAGUCUAUUAGCUCGGCGACAUAUACACGCGAUGCAGAGAUCUUGGAGCGUUUGCAUUCUCAGCAUUUGCUGAAUAUAUGCGGCCGGAUGCAGACGCAUUUGAAUUUGUGUGCCAGCCAUGUGGCCAGCGAACAGAAUCAUCUCGUGGAGCGCACCAAGGUCGUUAGCAAUUCGAUAACGACACUCUUUGCCAGCUUCGUCGAUAUGCAGAAGACAUACGCAUCGUAUGCGGAGCAAUUUGCCAAAAUUCGUGGCGUGUCGCAGCAGCUGAGCCGCUGCAAUUCGUUGCUGCAUGAGAAUAUUGCCAGCUUGGAGGCAAUCAAUAAUUUCCUGGACGAUGAGGAUCGUCUGGAGCCAUUCGUCUGGCGCACCGAUGACAAUAAGCUGCGCGGCGAGGCGGAAGGCGCCGCGGGUGGCAAUAGUAGCCGUCUGUGGCGUCUCUAGGCGCUCCAAUCGAUUUCCUUCCAAAGAUUGUUUGUUAUUAGUCUAACGCGUAAUUCUAUUUAAUAUAUAUAUAUUGAAUAUAUAUUUAUAUUGUGUAUAUUAACUAUAUAUGUAUUCUUUAAUUGUAUUGUAUUGUUUGUAUGUGGUUUUUAGUGAAUUUCGUGUAUUGAAAUUAUUUUUUAAGUCUUAUUGACAGAUCUCGUGCAUUUGCAACGCAGGCGCCACACUUAACAAUAGCCGCCUUAUGCUUUCGGAACUGAAACCAGUAUGUGUAAAUAAACAUUUAUCAAUCUA